AUGGGUCCAAGUCUUCCAUUUACUCUUUGCCUCACCUUUCUGGUUAUGGCCACUGUUACAUUUGGUGUACCACCUAAAAAGUCCAUUGAUGUUCCUUUUGGUAGGAACUAUUUCCCUACUUGGGCUUUUGAUCACAUUAAGUAUCUUAGUGGUGGUUCUGAAGUGCAUCUCGUCCUCGACAAGUAUACUGGUACCGGAUUUCAGUCCAAAGGUUCUUACUUAUUUGGUCACUUCAGUAUGCACAUAAAGAUGGUUCCUGGUGACUCUGCUGGAACUGUGACCGCCUUCUACUUGUCAUCGCAGGACUCCGAACAUGAUGAGAUAGACUUUGAGUUUCUUGGGAACAGAACAGGCCAGCCUUACAUUUUACAGACAAACGUGUUUACGGGAGGCAAAGGAGACCGAGAGCAACGGAUCAACCUUUGGUUUGACCCUUCCAAGGACUAUCAUUCCUAUUCAGUUCUUUGGAACAUGUAUCAGAUUGUGUUCUUUGUGGAUGACGUGCCGAUAAGAGUAUUCAAGAAUAGCAAAGACAUUGGUGUGAAGUUUCCAUUCGACCAACCGAUGAAGAUAUAUUCGAGUCUUUGGAACGCAGAUGACUGGGCCACAAGAGGAGGACUAGAGAAGACUAACUGGGCAAAUGCUCCUUUCGUCGCGUCCUACCGAGGUUUUCACAUCGAUGGAUGUGAGGCUUCGGUGAAUGCAAAGUUCUGCGAGACGCAAGGAAAACGUUGGUGGGAUCAGAAAGAGUUCCAAGACUUGGACGUUAACCAGUACAAGCGUCUCAAAUGGGUUCGUAAGAGAUACACUAUCUACAACUAUUGUACUGACCGUGUUCGAUUUCCGGUUCCUCCUCCUGAGUGCCGUAGAGAUCGCGACAUUUAG